AUGUUCGAAGGCUUCAUCCUGACGGUGUUCGCCUUCUGCGUCGUGUCCUACGGCGUCUACGUUUGUGGCAGCAAAAAGAAGCCGCCGCCCGCCCGCGCAACGAAUCUUUCACGCUCGGAGAUCUCGUCUAACCCGCAGCUGAAAUCACAUUCGGCCUCUGAACGCCCAGCUGGCGCCCUCUCGCUCUUCACCCGGCUUUCCCAUCCGCAUCACGACAAGCCGACGCAGUCCGAGCCUACACAAUCGCAAAGGGAGUCUCAGAAGGAGACUCAACCCUCAUCUAAAGCCGACCAGUCGAAUCGGCCCGUCGACAAGCCGAAGGGCCAUGCGAAGGAUGGCAAAGAGGAUGAUUCGGAAUCUGACCGGAUACCGUUGCUGAAGGCCGAAUACAGGAGUUCGAGUAAUCUUCUGCGAAGCCGAACCUCUGUCGACGCCACUCAAGCCAGUCAACAGGAUGGCAAGGCAUCGCACAAAUCGUAUGGAACGGAGAAAGGCAAGGACAAGAGGAUGAAGGCUCCGAAG